GGAAGUCAAGCUUUGUUAGAACAAAGUGCAAACAAACAAAACUCUGGUGUUCAGUGAGACCGGGGAGUUAUGGACAGACUGCAGCGUGUGCUGUUGUUGUUCUGCUUCUAUACCCGCUGGUAUCCUCUUCAAACUCUUGAACAAGCUGCUCUGCAUUUUGCUGUACUUGCUGACUGGGGUGGUAUUCCGUUACCUCCAUACUACACUCCUCAUGAGGAGGCUGUUGCUGCAGAAGUGGACAGUCUGGCCCAGACUGAGGGAGUGGACUUUUUCCUAAGCCUGGGAGAUCACUUCUACUUUAGUGGUGUCAAGAAUUUGGAAGACCCCCGCUUCAAGCAAACAUUUGAAAGGGUCUUCUCCCAGCCAUCUCUACUGCAUAUCCCAUGGUACCUGGUCGGUGGAAACCAUGACCACAGGGGAAACAUCUCAGCUCAGAUGGCUUACUCUGAUGUGUCCAAACGAUGGAAUUACCCUGGUCUCUAUUAUGACCUUCAUUUUAAUGUCCCACACACAAACCUGUCAGUGAGCAUACUGAUGAUCGACACAGUGGUGUUAUGUGGAAACACCUAUGACCAAGCCCAGCCGUCAGGACCAGAGGACCCCAGAGCAGCAGAUCGCCAGUGGAACUGGAUCACAUCUAAACUGGCCAGCAGCAGGUCAGCCUAUGUUGUGGUGGCUGGUCAUUAUCCUGUCUGGUCCAUCGGCAAUCAUGGACCAACAUCCUGUCUGGUCAAAAGACUGAGGCCCCUGCUGAAGAAAUACAGAGUCACUGUGUACUUGUCUGGCCAUGACCACAAUCUGCAGUUCAUCAGAGAGGAUGAUGGGAGCUCAUAUGUAGUCAGUGGGAGUGGGGUGGUCAGCGAUCCUAGCACCACUCACAAGGACAGUGUUCCUCAGUCCUGGCAGCUCUACUCCAGUCCGGUCAAUCACACAGUAGGAGGCGUGGCUUACUUCCAGGUCACUGAGCAUAAGAUGACAGUCAGUUUCAUGCAGACUAACGGGAAAUGCGUUUACCAGGCAGAGCUGCCAACACGUACAGUCACAAGUAAUGGAAUGCUAUAGUCACAGUUUGAAGAAAUGCAGUUAUUUGUAUAUGUGAGCCUAUAAUUAUAUUGCUAUUGUGCUACGUAAUGCUGUCUUACUUUUAAACACUGACAUAAUUAAUAUGUCGCAGUGGCUUUUUGAAGGCUUUUAACAAAAAUCUAAAACUGAAAAAAUUAUUACAGAUAUUUAUGGGCGAUGGCAUGUUACUAUUAAAUGAAAUGUAUAUGUUCACACUAAUUUGUACUGUAUGUAUUGUUUUAUACAUGUAUCAAAAUACAAACCGUUUUAUGUC